AUGCCAGCAAGUACGGCCGGGUCUGCGCACGACGACAGGGAAGACACAUGCGUAAUAUGUCUUUCACCUGUCACGGAGAGAGCCAUUACUGCACCAUGCAACCAUUACACGUUUGAUUUUGUCUGUCUGGUAUCAUGGUUGCAGCAACGGUCAACUUGCCCGCUAUGCAAAUCAAACGUCACUGCUGUUCAGUACGACUGGCGUUCUCCAUCAGACUACAAAAGCUAUACUGUCCCUUGUAGUCACCCUUCCACCAACAAUGACAGUCGCACGGACCGACCGGGCUCUCUCUUCGCUCCUUAUGGACUACCCAGAAGGCCUAGAGGUACCCGCCGUCCGUACUCUCCACCUGUUGAAGAUCUAGCUCUACGCAGACGCAGGGAGGUUUACCGUAGGAAACUGUACUCCCUACAUGUCGGCAGCAACCCCUUCUCCGGGUACCGCGACAUUACGCCUGAAAUGAUUGCGCACUCUCCCGAGAUGCAAUCCAAGGCGCGUGCUUGGAUCCGACGUGAACUCCGCGUCUUCACCUUCUUGUACACGGAUUCCACAGGUCCUUCGUCCUCUGGCGCAACAACAAGUAGCAACGCCGAGUUUCUGCUGUCCUACAUUGUGUCCAUCCUGAAAAUGGUAGAUCUGAAAGCCAGUCAUGGUCAUGCAGAGAACUUGGUGGCCGAGUUCUUGGGUAGAGAAAAUAGCAAGCUCUUCCUACACGAGUUAAAUGCUUGGAUGAGGAGUCCGUAUACCAAAGUAGAAGAGUGGGAUCAAGCCGUACAGUACAUGGAAGACUUGGAGGCAUAG